ACACGGCUCGGUUCGGGUACGCGGCGCGUGUGUAUGAUGACUGGCAUCCACGUCCAACCUGCGGUUUGAAGGAUUUCCUGGAAGAAACCUGUUUUGGGGGGAUCGUAUGGGAGUCCUGGGAGCGGUAGUCUGUCUGUUGGCAGCCGUGGGAGUGGGAUGUCGGCCAGCAAUCUCACCCCUCAAUGAUGCAAAGGUUGAAUGUAUUAUUCAACAAACGCUGAAUGGAGAUGGCUCACAACAUGAGUGCGCCCCUCAGCUAUCAGCGGAACUUAAUGAAGUACAAAGACACCAGGGUUUGCUGAAGGAGCUGCAGAGGCUAGCUGAUGAUGAGAGAGAGCGGUAUGAAUACAGUCUAGAUGAUGAAAAGGGGGAUUUGGAGCUGAAGGAUGAACAGACCGAUGCGGCCAAAACAACAGUGGAAGAUGAGCCCAAGAAGGCGGAGAUGGACGAGCCGAGGAUUGACGAUACAGGGAUCCAUGAUGAAGAGGAGAGAGCUAAGGAGCUUGAGGAGCUGCUCGCUGAAGAGAUUAGCAAGAAAGAAAAGGAGGAGAGAAAUGAUGAGGAGCUAAAAGAACUGUUGAGAGAGUUGAAGAAAAAGCGUUACGAGAUGAAGGAAAGAAACCAAAAUAGCCCCGAAAAAGGUCAGCAGGAGGAUGACACAAAGCCCAAGAUGGCAAGAGACAAAAAGGAAGUUCAGCAGCAGAGCGGGGAUGAUCAGAGGAAGGAUGAGGUCGAGUUGAGUGUGGAGAAGGAGAAGGUGGAGAAGGAGCUGAUGGAACUGAAGAACAAGAAUAAGCCAGAGGAGGAGCGGGUGAGGAAGGAGAAGCAGGAGGAGCUGGACGAGCUGCUCAAGAAGAUGCAACGAGUGCAGGAAGAGACGCAAGCAGAGAAGAGAGACGGUGAUGUGGACCGCAGGAUACUUGAGGAAGAGGGCCAGGAUGACAAAAGAAAAGAUGACAACGGAGGAGGACAGGGAGGCCAAAAUGACAUGAGAAGCAAAGAAGGAGCAGCAGAGGUGAAGGAGCCACAGCAGAAAAGAGUGAUGGAGAAAGCCAGCGACGAGGCCACUCGCCAGUUUGAGAGGGAGAGGUUGGAGGAUGAUGAGGAGGACGAUCGAAAUACUGACAAUGAGUACAUCGGAGAGGAUGAAGACGAUGAGGAAGGUGGCUUGGAAGAUGACGAAGGGGAGGAGCUGUUGGAGAUUGAAGCACAGUUACGUGAAGUUGCCGCAGAGCUAAGAGAGCUCCGGCGAGGAUAAACACCCACACACACACAAGCGCUUGGUUUCAUUCUCAAUCGCACAUUCAGCCGCCCUGAUUCCCAAACAACAGCCUCUGUUUCCCUUCCUAUGAUGCAAAAUGCUCAUUUUAGUUUCUCUGAAUCCACGCUUAAAGGGCCUGCCACCGCAAGCCGAAAAUGUUUUUUUUUUUUUUUUUUUUGCAUAUAAUUGGUAGGUGAACGCAGCAUUCAGGACUUUUAUUUAAACGCCAUCGCUAUCUAGAAACUUCGCUCAGCAUCUUUGCGUGCCGAGUCAUGACGUUGCAACAGCUUCUCUAUAAGCAGUUUGUGUGUAUUGAUAUCCGUUUUUGUGCAAUAAUCGAUCGCUAUAUUAAGUGUUAUGACUGUUAUGUAUGUCUGAUGUUCCUACCCAAGGGUGAGUUAUUUCUUCUUUGAAGAAAUAAGGAUUGUUUUAUUAGGCUCGUGUACUGUUAAAAAAAAAAAUCUGACUGUUUGUGAUGAACAAGGGUGACACGGACAAAACACGGAUGGAUGUGGCCCGGUGAUCUGUAUGCCGCAGGCGGUGUGAGGAGGUUGGUGUUCUUUGGGCUUACAAGGUCUCAACGUGUCACUUGAGGUUCAGACAGCUUUGCACUCUUAAGCCAAGGACGAUGCAGGGAUGAGGAAGACACUAAAGCCAUUUUAUUGUCUUUUGGUAACACUUGCGCUGAAAAUAAACGUUCUAAUCGCUCCGUGGUGUUACAUCACCUUUGCAGUGGUUGCUGUCUCGACAUCGUUGUGCUAGUGAAAAUAUCAUUGCGCCAAGGUCAUACAAAAUGAAGGGAAAACGAGCGCCCCGAAGUGGACAUUGCCUCAAAUUGCACAAGUUACACAUUGAACAGGGUUACCAAGAGGCUCAUUGAACUGCAAUAACACUGCAGUACACGUGAAUGCAAUAACGAAUAUUGAAUAAGUAAGCCAAUAUCGCAGGUAUUUUAAUACGUCCUUAAAGUGCACAUAUAGAACUCAGAAAAUAUAUUCUCUUUUCUAUACAGCCAAACAUUGCAAUCUUGUAUGAAGUUUGAGUACACACGCUUAUAAUAAGCAACUAUAGGUAAUAGGUACUCCAUAAUAAUCCAUUCCAAAGAUGAGAUGUUUAUUUAUUUCACAAUUGAAGGACUUUUAGUGUACUUUAAACUUGUUUUUGUAGAUAUGUGUAAGUCGUAUCAACCAGCAAGGUACGACUGAAGAUGACUUAUGUUUAAAAGAUAACGUUAAAAAAAUGAAAUGAAAUAUUUGUAAUUUUACUGGCCAUUAGAGUGCUGUAUUUUGUGCCUGUUGUCUUCUCUGCUACCCAUUAAUCA